AUGGCGCCUGCGCGGACUCACGAUGAAACAUCCCCGUUGCUGGGGGAUAGCAAUGGCAAUGCGUCAAACGGACUCAUUACCAAUCGCGAUGAGGAGCAGCCGGCGAACAUUGUGCAGUCUACGGACGAGCAGGCCAAAGACCCUUUCCCGGAUGCACGAAAGCAACUGAGGUAUAUUCUCCCGGCUAUAUCAAUAGGUAUUUUCCUGUCGGCGGCAGACCAGACGAUUAUUAUGGCCAGUUAUGGCCAGAUUGGCAGUGACCUGAAGGCUCUUAAUCUGACCAGCUGGAUUGCGACUUCAUACUUUUUGACUCUAACCUCGUUCCAACCGCUGUAUGGCAAGCUGAGCGAUAUAUUUGGCCGCAAGGCCUGCUUACUCUUUGCGUACGCCAUCUUUGGAAUUGGUUGUCUGUUCUGUGGACUCGCACGUAACAUAAAUGAGCUCAUCGCAGCACGUGUAUUCCAGGGCAUUGGUGGCGGUGGUAUGACCACCGUUGUCAAUAUCUUGAUGAGUGACCUCGUUCCCUUGCGCGAUCGAGGGGUCUGGCAGGGGAUCGUCAAUAUCAUCUACGCGACUGGGUCGGCUACUGGCGCGCCUCUGGGCGGAGUCCUUUCGGAUUACAUCGGCUGGCGUUGGGCGUUUCUGGCCCAGUUCCCACUUUGCAUCCUUGCAUUCAUCGCUGUAUCUAUGAUGCUCAAGCUUCCGGACCGCGAAGAUGUUCACUGGAGAACCAAACUACGUCGCAUCGACUUCCUCGGAGCCAUUGUCCUGGUCGGGGCCGUCUUUGGGUUCCUGUUGGGCUUAGACCGUGGCAGCAAUGUGUCAUGGAAGCUGCCCUUGACAAUCGUCUCUUUGGGUGCCUCGGUCAUCUUAUUCAUCGUUUUCGUUCUGGUGGAGAUCUACCAGGCAGCCGAGCCUUUCGCGCCUGGUCACAUCAUUUUCGACCGCACACUCUUCUCUCUGUAUUGCUGCAAUUUCUUCAGUUUCGGUGGCUGGCUCGCGGCGCUCUUCUACAUCCCACUAUACUUUCAAGCAGUCGAUGGAGUCUCUGCCACCAUCGCUGGGCUACGCCUGCUACCCAGCAUUUUGGCUGGCGUAAGUGGCUCGGUUUUUGCCGGUCUGCUGAUGAAAUGGACUGGAAAAUACUAUUGGCUAACUGUUGCGGGCUAUACGUCUCUAACACUUGGUUGUGCUUUCAUCUUUUUUUUCUCCAGAGGCCUUGUGGCCAGUACAGUACCAAUAAUAAUCGGAAUGACCAUGGCGGCAUUUGGAAACGGCAUCGGUGUUACCACAACCCUGAUUGGCUUGAUCUCCAAUUCUGCUCCUGAAGAUCAGGCUGUGGUGACGGCAUGCUCAUAUCUCUUCCGCUCCCUAGGCUCAGUGAUCGGACUGUCUCUGUCCGCGAGCGUUGUCCAGCAACUCCUGAGGGAACGACUCCGAUCCGACUUGCACGAUAGCAAGAACAUUGACGAGAUCGUCAAUGGUGUGCGAGAAAACCUCGAUUAUAUCAAGAACCUGGAUCCAGAUAUCGCCCAGAUUGUGCGCAACUGCUAUGGCUGGUCGACAAACAAAGGUUUCGGCUUUAUGGUCGUUGUAUCUGACCCGCCGAAUUCCCCGUAUCUGUCUCAUCUUCAACUCGCACCACCCGACACCCACACAGAAUUGAGUGUUGACCGCAUUCUUGCAGCUUACAGCAGCGCGACCUUCGCAAUGGCCGAGCCGCGCUCGGGGCCGGUCUCGUUGACACGAUAUCGGCCCAUCCUCUAUCUCUUCACAGGUGUCGCAGCUGCCUAUGCUCUCCUUUACAUCCAUAACAACGUCAUUUCACCGCAUACUCCACACUCCUCCCUCCGACGCCGAGGCGCCGUACGCCGGUCAAGACGACCUGACGCCGAAGAAUCAGGGCUCGUGGACACUCCCUCAUACCGAGCCAUCACACACCUGGAACAGCUCGAACGUCAGAAUGGUGUGUACGGGACAUUCCGCAUUGAAACGGAAGACGGGCGACGGGUUGAAAGUGGACUACUUCCGUCGCUGCUCGCAACGCGUGAUCAGCUGAUGGAGGAGGUUGGUGUACCGCCAGCUCACGCCGAGCGCAUGCGUGAAAUGAUGGAAGAUACAUUUCUCGAGUCCUUCCUUGCCCUUGACUUCCCCGCCGCGCACACCCUUCCCGAGAAUAGCGCCGAGCGGACGUACUUGACGGAGCAGCUUCAACAGCGAGGCAUCUCCCGGGCAGGCAUCGAGCGAGCGCUGAUCCGGUUCAACGGCGACGAGAACUACGGCACCGAACUUCGUCGGCGGCGACAAAAUGGCGAGCGGGUCACACUUUCGACUUCAACCUUCCCUGAUGUGUCCGCGCCGCCCCAGAAUAGCGAGGGCCCGGAGGCAGCGGGCGAUGACCAGAGCGUUUUCUCCUGGAGAGAAGGGAACAACGAUACCUCGCCUACCCGGGAAGGUCAGAACUUGCUCAACUUGCUCUACCAUAUCGCUGAGGACCAGGCGAGGAGAGAUGGCUAUAUUCAUCGUGGAGUGACGUGCAACAGCUGCGGUGCCAUGCCCAUUCAGGGUAUUAGGUAUCGGUGUGCUAAUUGUAUCGACUAUGACCUGUGUGAAACUUGUGAGGCCAUGCAGGUGCACAUCAAAACUCAUUUGUUCUAUAAGGUCCGGAUCCCUGCUCCAUUCCUGGGCAAUCCGCGCCAGUCUCAGCCAGUGUGGUAUCCAGGAAAGCCUGCAAUGCUUCCCCGCAGCCUGCCUCGUCCCCUUGCGAAGCGCUUAAUGAAGGAAACCAGCUUCGAAAAUACCGAGCUCGACGCGCUGUGGGACCAGUUCCGCUGUCUCGCCAACUUUGAGUGGGCAGAUGAUCCCAAUAAGCUUUACAUGGCCAUCGAUCGCAAAACAUUUGACCGGUGCUUCGUCCCAAACACGUCUCUUCGACCGCCUCCUCCUAGUCUCAUCUACGAUCGCAUGUUUGCAUUUUAUGAUACCAACGGUGACAACCUCAUCGGAUUCGAAGAGUUCCUCAAGGGACUGGCCAGUUUGAACAACAAAAGCAUGAUGAACGCUUACAGCGAUUUCCUCCGGGUAUUCAGAGCUUACUACGCUCUCAGUCGUGAACUCACCCGUGAUAUGGUUGCCGGUAUGGAAGAUGACUUCCUCGAAGGCGGAGCUCGGGAUGUGGUCCUUGGUAGUCAACCCAUUAGCUCUGCAUUUCCAGGCAAUAUUCCUGCGGGAGAUGUUUCGCGAACCGGUGAAGGCAAGCGUGUCAAUCAGAAUGGUGAUAUGGAAGUUGUCGACAACGAGGGUAUUCUACGACAGGAUGCCGCCGAUCUCGGUGACCGACACCAAGUUAUAGGUGAAGCUACGGUACGAGAGCAAUUUGGUCGAACGAGGCCAUUGUUCCCAUCCACGAUUCGCCUACCUGCGACCGCCGAGUCCGGAAACCGUCGGUCUAAUCACAGGGCGAAUGAAAAUGGUGAAGAUGACGUUGAAGAUGAAGACCCUACUGAUUCCGAUGAGUCUGGAUCGUCUGUCGCCAGUGGCCAUUGGCCCCCUCCGGAGCACAUCCAUGAGGAAGACAUAAUCGACGCCCUUGGAACGUAUGUGCCCCCUCAGGAAAUCAACGACCCCGUCGACAGAGCUCGUAUCGUGACAGCUGUAUAUAACAGAAUGCGUGAUGAUGAUCAACGACGAAUCGACGAAACCCGCCGGAACGGUAUUGACGAGCGUUGGAGACGCCGUGCAUUUUACACUGACGAGGAAGACGGCGCCACUGCUCCUGCUGGAUAUGAGCAUGACCCGGCUUUUGACGAUGAUAUGAGCGACGAGGAGUCUAUGGAAGAAGAGCCUCUCGACUCACAUCCGCCGUCGCCUCGCUCGCGAUCUUCUUCCAAGGUACGGUUCCAGGACGAUCUCACAGAUGACUACGACGUACGCUCGAACCCAUCAACGUCUUCUCGUAGCAUCCCUGUUGGUGAGCGAUGGGGUGGUUUCGAGAUUCCCGAGGUUGAGAAAGACGUCGGCAAGGAAAUCUUGUACCAGGUCACACAGCAAGGCUUCAACGAGCUACUCGACAUUCUUUUCAAGCAAAAGGAAGAUCUUCUCAUGGAGGUCUUCCGCACCCGUGCUGACCGCAAAUUUUGGGCCCAUGAAAUUGAGCUCUUGGAAAAGUCAGGACCUAUCAAGCCGGAGGAGCCCAAGGAAGAGGACCCCCAGCAUCCGCGCAAUGAGGAAGAGCUCGAGGAUAUAACACGAAAUCAGUCUCUGGACAAUCUCUUGCAACGAGCUGGUUACGCCGUGCAGAGUCCAACUCUAGAGCCUGUCACCCUAAGGCCGGUGUUGGAACCAACGUCUCCUCGGGCUUUAGUUUCUGAUGACGAUGUUCGGCCAACACAUCUUGCUGAUCCUGAACAUGAAGACGGUAUCGGGCAAAGCCAUACCUUCGAGGACCAGUCCGACACAGCCUCGGCUACCAGCUCUGAUGCCGAUGAUCGAGCUCUGGCCUCCGAUGCUGAUUUCUCUCGUGACUUCUCUGGCGCGGAUGAACAUGGGGACAUGAUCCACGAAAACCCCGACUUUGAUCCAACUCUCCCUCAAUUCCGUCCCGAAUUUGACGACGUGCUCCAUCCACGCCUCUCAUUCCAAGCGGAGCCUGCGGUAAUGGAAGCUCCAGCAGCCGAUACGUCCCCUCGCACCAAUAACCCCGACCUCCCCGACCGUCUCCGUCUCGAACCAAACAGCACUAUCUCCCUCCCUGCACCCUCUUCUCCCCAUUCUUUAUCUCCCGAAGCCGAAGCCACAGCCCCAAAGCCUCCUCCUUCACCCAUGCAGCCACUUCCCCGCCGAAGUUUGCCGGUCUCCCUGAGGAGAAGUCUAGCCCGCGCAAGCCCCCCGCUCGCAUUUUGGCUCGCUGGGCAUACCUGA